CAAGGCCCAAACUUAAUGGACUCAAAUCCACAUCUUACCCCAAUAGUUCAAACUUUGAACCACCAAUCUUCCCUCUCAUAUCAUAUCCACUCCCCUAAAUCUCCAAACCAAACAGCACACCAGGUGUUUGUGAAAAUGCCCCACAGAACUUCCCACACAGAGGACCCAACACCACCACCACCGACCGUUACACUCCGCCGAUCUCCAAGAUUCCACCAAACUGCAGAACCCGAAGACCCGAAAACCCCCAUCCCGGAGCCCCACCGGAGAACCCGCUCCAUUUCUACAACAACCCCUUUCUCAUUGACCGGAACUGAAAAGCUUUCUCCGAGAAGAACCCGCAGAUCUAUGUCGAGAAAAUGUUCGCAGAAAGUUGAUGAAUCUGUUCGUACAAGAAGAGUGAAUCGUUGUGUGGGUGAGUGUGAUGAAGAUAAGUUGCCAGGUGGUUCAGAUCGGAGGAGACACGGGAAAUCUGAGAAGCGGAUAACACGUAGUUCUUGUAGAGAUUUAGAUAAUACUAACCAUGACUCUUCAUCAGCUGAAUGGACACAUGAAGACGGUGUCAAUACAUCCAAACAAUUUAAUGGUAAGUCACCGAAGAACAAAGUGAAACACAGUAAGAAAAACCGUGACAACGAUCCCGAUCAAUUUGAUGCAUUAGCAAUCACCAAAACCCAAGUUUUGGAUGAAGAAUUAUCCAAACUAGACAGAGGUAGAAUCGAAAACGGAGUCGCUGUUUCCACUGCUGUUGUAGUGCGAGAAGGACCCGUAAGCGUAAGGAAUGAUGAUGUUAACAAAAAGCUAAAGAUUAUCGGGGUUAAAAGAACGAGAACCCAGUUUGAGAACGUCACGGAGAUCACUCACGGAUGGACCAAAGAUCAAGAAUUGGCGUUGGAGAGAGCUUACCUCGAAGCAAAACCGACUCCGCACUUCUGGAAGAAGGUUUCCCGGCUGGUCCCUGGAAAAUCCGCACAGGAAUGUUUCGACAAAAUACACGGUAGUCAUAUGACACCGCCUCAACCUCGCGUUCGUUCCCGAGCGCGAGUAUCAAAUACGCAAGACCCGUCUUUGUCUGCAAGUAAAUUGAUCAAAACUUCAAGUCCUACUAAGAGACCUAGAUACCGUAAGCAGAAGACUCAUGUAGUCCAGAGAACCGUAAGACACAUGUUACAAAAUCAGUAUAAAGUGGAACACGAUUCCGAAUCCGACAUGUUCUCUCUUCUAGAGCCCACAUUCAACCCGAGUUUAAACCUUAAUAUGGUGCUUACCACACCUGAUCGCAACCAAGAAACAAACGAUGUACACAAAGGUUCGGCAACUGUCCGUAGAAGUGUUUCGAGAUUUAGUGGUUUACAUGGAACGACACUUGUGAGUCCUCCAGUUUUAAAGCAGGUGAAGAACAAAGCGUUGCACGAGAAGUAUAUAGAUUUGUUAAAUUGUCGAGAAGCUAACAGGAAGGCGGCGAGUGCGAAGGCGGCAAAGGUUGAUAAAAGUAAAGCGGUGAAGCAGGAGGGGUCUGUAGAACGAAAGGAAGCUAUUAAAGCUGCGAAAAACGCGCUCGUUUUUGGUGCGAAAGAUGCUAUUGACGAGUUUCAACAUCAACAGGCUACUGCGUUGAAUGAUCUUUUUGAUUAUGAGAGCGGUGCUGAUGAUGACGAGGAGAAUGACGAAGUUUUAUGAUUGUUGAUGUAUAGAUUCGGGUUCGAGUUUUCUCACUAGGGAGUUCUUGUUUAGGUUGUUAGUUAUAAACUGUGCAUACUUGAGUUGAAUCAAAUUGUCAUUUGGACUCUUGUGUAACCUUCAUGAGUUGAAUUCAUUUGGCUUAUUGUAGCUGUAGGUUAUUGCUUUUGU